AUGAGUGAAUGUUUGAAAUAUAAGAAACCAUAUUAUCAAUGCAUGGAAUAUGCAAUUAUUUCACACAACAUUGAUUUUGUUACUUUCUUGAUGAAUGAAUACAAUAUAGGGCUCGAUUUACUUCAUUGUGGAUGGCAUCAUAAUCUUGAAUCAUUUUUGAUUUAUUUCGAGCAAACAAAUGAUAUUAACAAAUGCUUUAUUUAUUCAUCAGUGUUCAAUACUCCAUCCCUUUGUGAAUAUUUCCUUUCACAUGGAGCAAAUGUCAAUGAAAAAAAUGAUUAUGGAAAAACCACACUUUAUAUUGCAGCACAGUUCAAUAGUAAAGAAGUUGCCGAACUUCUUAUUUUACAAGGUGCAAAUAUCAAUGAAAAAGAUAAUUUUGGAAAAACCGUUCUUCAAUGUGCAGCAUGUUAUAAUAGUAAAGAAAUGUCCGAACUUCUUAUUUCUCAUGGGUGCAAAUAUCAAUGA